AUGCAGUGCAGCGGGUACAGGGAUUGGGACAUUGGGGUGCAUUUCGUGGACAAUGCUAGGAUCCAGGAGCUCAAUAGGACGUACCGGGGCAAAGACCGGGCCACGGAUAUUUUAUCAGCCGAGGUGGAUCUGCCGCGGACAGGCAAGGAGGACGACAUGAACCUCGGCGACAUGUUCCUGGCAAUGCCGUAUAUUCUCAAGGACUGCCGGCAGCACAACGACGCACUGGGCGAGCGGCUCCCGAUACUAUUCACGCACGGCAUCUGCCACCUGCUCGGAUGUCUAAGCGCGAGCGACGAGAUACUGCAAAAGUACCACAGACUCAAAUAA